AUGACUAACUACUUACUGUUAUUCUUUUUCAUUUCAUUUUGUAUUGGUGAGGUUUGUAAAAAAGCGGAUGGGAAUGAUAUUAUAAUCACUGUAAAUCCGAAAUGUACUGGUUCUACUUCAAUUUCAAAUGAAUUAGAAGGAGAUUAUACUAAAUAUUCAUUAGUUACUAUUUUAAUGAAUAACAAUACUGGAGAACUUUAUUUUGGUUCAACAAAUCCAUUUAAAGCAAAUAAAAUUAUUGCAAAAUUAGAAUAUUCAUCCCUAACUUAUAAACUCAGCUUUAGAAGUAUUAAAACAAACUUUGAACUUGAAUUAAUCAGUAACUCUUAUUCGUUUAAAAAUGUUCAAUUUAUUUUCUAUAAUGGAAAUAGUCCAACAAGAAUAAUUGGAGGUGUUGAUGAGUUGUGGGUUAAUGGAAGUGAUACUUAUAAUUAUAAUUAUCAUUUACCUAUUCAACGUACUUAUAUUAAUUCAAAUCCUACUAAUUUAAAAUUUAGUUCUAAUAAUGGUAUACAAUAUUUAAUAUCAUCAUAUGAAGGGUCAAUCAAUCAAGUAACACCAAAAUCAUUAAAUGAUAAAUAUUUUAAUCAAACAUGUGGUGGAAUGAUUCGUUAUUUUAGUUAUAAUAAUAUUGAAAUUCAUGAUAUAACAACAGAAUGUAAUCAUCAAAUUAAAAAAGGUGAUGAAGAUGAUUUCAGUUCAUUUAUUGUUACUACCACUGUAUCUUUAUCUAAUUAUAAUUAUCUACUGUCAUUAUCAACAAAUAAUUAUAUUAUUAGAAACAACUAUGAUUCAUCAAAGACUCAUACAGUAUAUACAUAUCCUAAUCAAUGGUUAAAAUAUGAAUCAACAAACCAAACAAAAUUCAAUAUUUAUAGAAAGAAAGAACCAUAUCAAAGAAUUGAAUUUAGUUUAACAAUUGAACAAUCAAAUGAAGGAACAACAUUAAUUAAAGAAAUAGAAAAUAAUGAUAAAUCAAUUUCAACACUAAUUAUUUCUUCUUCAAAACAUUUAUCUUUUUCAAAUGAUAUCAAAUUUUCAAGAACAACAUCAACAACAAAUAAAAGUCAAAUAAUGAUUGUUGGAAUGAAAGGUGUUACAUUUAGUAAUGGUAAGAAUGAUUAUCAUUGUGAUACAAUGAUUUACAAAGAAGAAACAAGAGAAUGUAUUGAAUGUGAAUAUGGAUAUUAUUUAAAUUCAAACAAAGAAUGUCAAAUUGGUUCACAUUGUAAUAAAACAAAUGAACAAAAUCAUUGUAUUGAAUGUGAAUAUGGAUAUUAUAUUAAUUUAAAUACAAAAACAUGUGAAGAAUUCAAAAAUGGAUGUAAAAUUGGAAAUGAAACAUAUUGUUAUCAAUGUAAAGAAGGAUAUAUUAAAGAAAAAGGAGAAUGUAAAGAAAUUGAUAAUAAAUGUAAUAAAUCAGAAAGAAAUUAUUGUUUAAAAUGUUCAAAUGGAUAUAAAAUAGAAAAUAAUCAAUGUAAUGGAGAUAAAGAAGAUCAAUGUUAUUAUGAAGGAAAUACGUGUGUGUCAUGUUCAAAUAAAUAUACAUUAAAUAAUGGAAAAUGUUCAAAUAAAGAAAAUCGAAAUGGAAAGAAUGAAGAAAUAUAUUGUGAAAAUGGAAAAUACAUUAAUAAUAAUAAAUGUAUAGAAUGUUCAAAAUCAGAAAUAUGUCAAACAAAUGAUAUUGAAAUAAAAUGUAAAUAUGAAGAAUAUUUAGAUAAUAAUAAAUGUAUAAAUAAAACAUGUGAAGAAGAUAUGAUAAAAGAUCAAAAUGGAAAAUGUAAUAAUAAUAAUAAUAUUCAAAAUUGUUUAAAUAAAUCAUAUGUUAAUGGAAAAUGUGUUGAAUGUUUAAAUACAUAUUCACCUAAUUUGAAGGGAGAAUGUAUCAAUACAAAAAUAGAAUAUUGUGAAGAACAAAAUGGAUAUGGAUGUAAAAGAUGUGAAGAAGGAUAUUAUUUAACAAAAGAUAAGAAAUGUUUAAAAUGUGAUAGUAAUUGUGAAACAUGUUAUGGAACACCUACAUAUUGUAUGAGUUGUUCUAAUGAUAAAUAUUUAAGAAAUGAUAAAACAUGUCAAUCAAAUGAAGAAUUAAAUGGAACGUGUUUACAAAUAUUGCAAGAUGGAAGUGGAUGUGGAAUAUGUAAUAAAGGAUAUUAUAGAAAUGGGAAAGGAUGUUCAAAAUGUGGAAAAGAAUGUUUAACAUGUAAUCAAAAAGAUAAAUGUAUAAUAUGUGGAGAAGGAUAUUUUAUGAGUUCAACAGGAAUAUGUAAAUCAACAACAACAAUUAAAGGAUGUAAAGGAGAAAUAGAUAAAGAAUAUGGAUGUAGAGAAUGUUUAACAGGAUAUUAUUUAAUAAAUAAAGAAUGUUCAAAAUGUGGAAAACAAUGUAUAACAUGUUUAAAUGAGAAAGAAUGUAAUAAAUGUGAAGAUGAAUAUAUAAUAAUAAAUAAAGAAUGUAUUCAUUAUUCAAAUAUUAAUAAAUGUAAAGAAACAAAAAAUAAUAAAUGUUCAAAAUGUUCAUUUUGGUAUGAAAUCAAUGAAGAAGGAACAAAAUGUAAUAAAGAAAUCGUAUGGUGGAUGAUAAUGAUAAUUAUCAUCAUUAUACUUAUUAUCAUCAUUACAAUAAUUAUAAUUAUAAUAACAAUGAUUAAUUACAUUAUAAAACGCAAAGAAAAGAAAGAACAAGAGAAAACAACAACAAUAUUUAAAAUUUCACAAUCAAAUAUCAAAUUCAUAUCACUUGGAGAUGGAAUCAUAACAAAUAAAAAAGAAAUAGAAAUAGGAGAAGGAGAAAAAAUUGAAGUAAAUAAAGAAAUCAGAGAAUUAAUAUGUAUUGGAAAUGAGAAGAAAGAAAAAAAGAAAAUACAAAUAAGUAGUAAAGAAGAAAAUGAAAAAUAUUCAAUUAGAACAAACCCAAAUAUCAUUACAAUUGAAGGAGGAUAUGCAUGUGAAUUUGAGAUAUUCAUUAUAAUCAAAUGUACUACUAAAAUUAAAGAACAAAUAAUGAUAAUUAGUAAAACACUUAAUAAAACACAAGAAGAAAUAAUUAAAAGUAUUUCAAUUAAAGGAGAAACACAAAUAUCAACACGACUUGAUCCAGAUGAAAUAAAAGAAGAACAUAAAAUAGGAGAAGGAUCAUUUGGAAUCGUAUAUAUAGGAGAAUUUAGAGGGAAUCAAGUAGCAAUUAAGAAAAUAAAACAAAUUGAAGAAAAUGAAAAUAAAAUGAAAGAAUUUGAGAAAGAAGUAAUGAUGUUAGAUAAAUUUCGAAGUGAAUAUAUCAUUCAUUUUUAUGGAGCAGUAUUUAUUCCUAAUAAAAUAUGUAUGGUAACAGAAUAUGCAAAAUAUGGAUCAAUACAAGAUUUAAUUAAUAAAAGAACAAACACAGAAAUACCAAAUAAAAUAAGAAUUAAAUUCAUGCUCGAUGGAGCAAAAGGAAUUUCAUAUCUUCAUUCAAAUGGAAUACUACAUCGAGAUAUUAAACCAGAUAAUUUUCUUGUUGUAACAAUUGAUGAUAAUAUUGGAGUUAAUUGUAAAUUAACAGAUUUUGGAGCAUCAAGAAACAUUAAUAUGAUGAUGACAAAUAUGACAUUCACAAAAGGGAUAGGAACACCAAAAUACAUGGCACCAGAAAUAUUAAAUCGAGAACAUUAUAAAAUGGAAUCAGAUAUAUAUUCAUAUUCAAUAACAAUGUUACAAAUCAUUACAUGGGAAGAUCCAUUUCCUAAAACAGAAUUUAAAUUUCCAUGGGAUAUUGCAAAUACAAUCACAACAGGUAAACGACCACCAAUAAUACAAGAAGUUAAAGAAGAUAUUAAAGAAAUUAUUGAAAAAACAUGGAAACAAGAACCAAAAGAAAGAAUAACGAUAAAAGAAGUAGUAAGAAUGUUAGAAAGAAUUCAGAGUAAUAAUUGA